AUGGGACGUCGGCAACGCCUAAUCAGUACUUCUAUCCUGCGCGCAAUAUUCGUUACGAAGCCUGUGAGCGAUGAUCAUACUGCUCAUCCCGGACUGCUCGCGCGCAUCCUUGCCUUCUUGUCCAUAUUCCAACUUACACUUGCGCGUUAUUGCGAUCAAGUUUUCAACAGGCUAAGAAACGAAACAUGGGGCAUUGAGGAGGAAGAGUAUAAAGAGAGUUUUAGGAGUCCCAGCAAAGGGAAGCGGACCGAUCUGAAGCCCGUUGGAGACUUGGGAUAUUCUGGCUCCACAUUCUUCACGACGCCAAAUACCAAGUUUUUAGUCAAGUCGUUGCCGCGUCACUUCGAACAAUCCUUCUUCCGUAAACGACUCCUCGAGCCUUAUGUCGAUCACAUGCGGUUCAACCAGGACUCUCUUCUCGUCCGCAUUACCGAUCUUCUCUAUUGCCCAACAUCUACUCUUGGUGCCUUUCUGGGUGCCGCUCCGAGCCACCACAUAGUGAUGGAGAACAUCUUGUACGGAAAGUCAAGCUGCAGCAAGAAUCAACAAAAGCAAUGGGAAACCUUCGAUUUGAAACCGAACGACUACUUCUUCCCGGAGCGAGAUAUUGCUGGCGGCAGACUGGCCCCAGAAAGCGUCAAAGACCGCCUCAUCGAUGAGUUCGAAGACAAAAUCAGAGUAACCAUCGAUGAAAAAGAGGAACUAGUUGCGCAACUGUCCAAGGACAGCAAGCUUUUGCAGGAGAACAAUGCGGUCGAUUACUCACUCUUCUUGGUUCGCUUUCCCGCAGACAUAAACUCCGGAAAGCACAAGGUCCCGACCCCUCCAGGUCGUGGCUCAACGUGGCGCACUGGUGUUGUCUCGCGAGAUGGAAAGUGGAUCUACCGGGCCAUUGUACUGGAUUUCUUCUGGUCAAAGGAUGCGCUGCAAGCACAGGCUUUCACUGGCUUGGUAAAGCUGUACAAUACGCUCAAGUUUGGCAAAGACCACGGACCGAUGAGCAUCACGACAAGCAGCGACGAGUACAGGCAGAGAUUUUUGGGUAUGGUGGAAGACAUGGUCGAGGUGCCGGACAGUUCGGGACGACCAUCAGGUGAGAUCAGAGCUGCAUCUAGCAGCGCUCAAGGAGUUUGA